AUGCGUCUUACAAUUGGAGAAGCAGCAGCGUUACUGCUGAUUGCUUUACCGAACUUGAUCUCAGCACUUCCGGUCAACACGGGGGCUAAUGUAGAACAACUCGUUCCGCUCACUUCGGUGGGUAAGAGAGCAGCAGAAUUGGAGACAUUGGUUCCGGUCACGCAUUUCAAGAGAGAGGCGGAGUCUCUUACUUCGUGGACAGCAGAUCCGGAGAAAAGAUCUGAUGGAGAGGUGGAAGUGUUGGUGCCAGUUGUGGGGAGGGACCUGGAGAAGCUGGUUCCGAUUACAGGGAGGGAUUUGGAGAAACUUGUCCCUAUUAUAUCUGGCCAUUCGAAGAGAGAGCUAGAAAAACUCGUUCCCGUUGUACCGGUUACGCCCAGAGAUCUUGAGAAACUCGUUCCCGUUGUAUCUGGCCAUUCAAAGAGAGAAUUGGAGAAACUUGUCCCGGUCACUCCUAGAGAUGUUGGGGAAUUAGAGGAAAGAAAAACCAUCCCUCCCGUGGAUCAAUUAGAUCCUGGAUCGAUGGCUCCGGAUGCUAUUACAACUUUAGAGAAGAGAAAGACUAUUCCUCCUGCUGAUCAACUAGACCCUGGAUCUGUCUCUCCAAACUCUAUCAAAAACAACGAUAAAAGACAAGAGUACGCUCACACAGCAACUAUCAUAGCAACAGUCUUAGAGACCGUCACUGGUGGUGUUGGUAUUCCGGGAUAUCCCGCUACAGCGAUUAGUGGGAUUACAAGUGUACAUGUCUCAACCGUCACUCAUCUUCCUUCUACCGUCACUGCGGUCGUAACAGCAGGUGCAUCGUCCAGUAUCGAUACCACGUGUACAGAAAGCACCACCUCUACUGGUUCAGGAGGCGCCGUUACCACCAUUCCUCUAUCCUCAAGCACCAAAGCGGCUGUCGUGACUACAACCCCUACAGGUGUUAGAACUGGAGUAACAAGUGCCCCAGUUAUCUCCAAUGGAGGAACUAGCACAAAAGAAAGUACCAAAACAAGUGGGACAAUCACCCCUAAAGUUACCCCGUCUGGUUCCGGAAAAGCACCAUCGGGAACUGAAGCAUUUGAAAUGGGUAAAAAUGGUACUCAUCCUGUCGCAACUGGAAGUUUCCGUCUUUCGGGCACAGGUGAUGUUAGUUCAAAGACGAGCAUCACUUCCGCGAAACCAUCGGCUUCAGGCUCAGUUACGACGAUUGUGGAUUCGAGUACGACAAGAAUCUAUACUACCGUUAACGCAAGUGGAAGCGGAUCUUCCUCCAAAGCUACUGCCAGUGCUACGUCGAGUUUUAAAGCCACCAAUGCAGGAAGUAGUACCUCGGUCGUCGCAGCAGGACCCACUGAGGUUAAAUCUUCAAGCAGCAGUGGUGUGAAACUCAUCUCUACAUCUACAUCUGCUAUUGGAUCUUCUACACAUCCUGCUUCGGUGACUUCUUCUUCGAGUGAAAUUGCAAGUGUGGCGUCGAGCGCUCAUACUUCGAUUGCAACGAGUCUUAAGCCUACAACUUCGAGUGUUAAAGCGUCGAGUACACUCGCGACUUCGGUUAAGGCUUCAAGUACCAAGGCGGCGGCGCCGGCGAUGACGAGUAAGAUUGUUUAUUCGGGGGUGCAAAAAGUAGAGCCUUUCAAGGUUUGA